UCUUCGAGGUAGCGGAUGGCCGACUUCCAAAAUUUCUUGUAAAUUAAUCAAUAUCCUUUUUUAAAUUCUUUUUCGGUCCCACGAUUCAAGAAAAUCUGAAAUAAUAUUUCAAGAAAACGUACCGUUAAAAAAUUAUCAAAAUGCGCGAGUGUAUAUCAAUGCACGUAGGCCAAGCAGGCGUUCAAAUGGGCAACGCGUGUUGGGAAUUGUAUUGCCUCGAACAUGGAAUCCAACCGGAUGGAACGAUGCCGUCAGACAAAGUGUCCGGCACAAACGAUUGUUUCAACACAUUUUUCAACGAGACUAGUUCUGGAAAGAUGGUACCGCGUGCAGUGAUGGUUGAUCUUGAACCUACAGUAGUUGAUGAAGUAAGAAUCGGUUGUUACAAGAAACUGUAUCACCCGGAGCAAUUAAUUACCGGGAAGGAGGAUGCUGCCAACAAUUACGCUCGGGGUCAUUAUUCCAUCGGUAGGGAAGUGAUAGACUCCGUGAUGGAUAGAGUUCGGAGGCUGACGGAUCAGUGCACCGGCCUUCAAGGUUUCUUCGUGUUCCAUUCGUUCGGUGGUGGUACCGGCUCGGGAUUUACUUCGUUGCUCAUGCAGAAACUUUCAGACGACUAUGGAAAGAAAAGCAAAUUAGAAUUUGCCGUGUACCCAGCCCCCCAAGUAUCUACCGCUGUCGUUGAACCUUAUAACGCAAUCCUUACGACUCACACCACUAUCGGUCAUUCGGAUUGCGCGUUCAUGGUAGACAACGAGGCGAUUUAUGAUAUAUGUAGACGAAAACUCGGAAUCGAACGGCCCUCGUACGCUAAUUUAAAUCGUCUGAUCAGUCAAGUGGUGUCCUCGAUAACAGCGUCUCUGAGAUUCGAUGGGGCCUUGAACGUGGACUUGACCGAAUUUCAAACGAACUUGGUACCAUAUCCUAGAAUACAUUUCCCUCUAGCCACAUACGCCCCAGUGGUAUCCGCUGAUAAGGCUUUCCACGAGGGCAUGUCCGUUGCCGAAAUAACAUCCGAAUGCUUCGAGGCAUCGAAUCAGAUGGUGAAAUGCGAUCCACGGGAAGGGAAAUAUAUGGCAUGUUGUUUAUUGUAUCGCGGUGAUGUCGUGCCUAAAGAUGUAAACGCAGCGAUAGCCGCGAUGAAGAGGAAAAGUUGCAUACGUUUCGUUGAUUGGUGUCCGACUGGUUUCAAAGUCGGCAUCAAUUACCAGCCGCCUACCGUUGUUCCUGGUGGAGACCUUGCAAAGGUGAAACGAGCGGUGUCAAUGUUGUCUAAUACUACGGCCAUCGAGGAAGCAUGGGCAAAAUUGAAUAACAAGUUUGAUCUCAUGUUCCAUAAACGAGCAUUCGUUCACUGGUAUGUUGGAGAAGGUAUGGAGGAAGGUGAAUUUGCUGAGGCACGUGAUGAUCUCGCUGCAUUGGAGAGGGAUUACGAAGAAGUUGCGCUCGAAUCAUCAACCACACCAGAUGCUUCGUUGGAAUAUUAAAAGAAAUAUGUACGAUUCUUUUAAAUACAGUUGGCACAUUUUGGCUACCUGGAAUGAAAAAACAAUUUUUGUAUAAUAUACCCCUUAUGUUUUUGUAA